CUCGCAAAGAGGGGAUUUAACUUGGUGCUAAUCAGUCGCUCGCUAACCAAAUUGGAAGAUGUAGCCAAGAAAAUCGGCGAGGACCACAAAGUCGAUAUUAAAAUCGUCGAUGUCGAUUUCACGGGUGGCGUGGAGAUUUACGACAAGAUCAAGGCACGCAUAGAGGGCCUUGACAUUGGUGUACUCGUCAACAAUGUCGGCGUUUCAUAUCCUUACCCAGAAUACUUCCUAGAAUGCUAUCAGCAAGAUCCUAAAUUCUUACAAAACAUUAUUUCGGUAAACAUACACUCCGUGACACACAUGUGCGCCUUAGUUUUGCCUGUCAUGGUGAAUAGAAAGAAAGGUGUAAUCAUCAAUGUCUCGUCAACUGCCGCGGUUAUACCAAAUCCACUGCUUAGCGUUUACAGCGGCUCCAAGGCUUUCGUUGACAAAUUCAGUGUCGAUUUACAAACGGAAUACCGUAGUAAAGGUAUCACAGUGCAAUGCGUUCAGCCGGGCUUUGUUGCCACCAAUAUGAGCAAGAUAAAAAGAACGGAUCUAAUGACGCCAUCACCCGACACAUAUGUCGCUGCAGCUCUCAACUUUUUGGGAUAUACCACGAAAACUGCUGCCUAUUUGCCACACAUUUUUUUGCAGUUGACUUUGAAUCUCAUGAAUGAUGUCAUCUGUGAACCCUUCACUACGAACUUCGUCUUCAAUCAAUUGUUGACUAUGCGCAAACGCGCCUUGCGUAAACAGCAGAAGCAAUAG